UGCACUGAAAAAGGAGAUCUCAUCUCUCUGAUUGUGUAACGUUGUUUGAGGAAUAAAUGGUGAUAUUUGUGUAUGAAUUUGUGGAAAUAAUGGUGAUGAAGAUAUUUUUGGAAGCUGUGGAUUCAGAGAGUGGUGAACAUGGUUUUUUGUUGAUUCUUUUGUUGAGUUUUCAAUUUUAUGCAAGGGAAUUCGAGUUCAAAAUUGAAUUUCGUGUGGGAUUAUGAGUCCAGAAUUGUGAUGAGCACCAACUCCAGUGCAACCCUAAUUCCAGUGCUUGUUCAGUUGAUUGCUUCAUGGAUAUUUCCUUGGUUUUACCAACCAGUGGAGGCAAACAAUCUUUUAGUUGGGAUUUGCUGGAGGUCGCUUGUCCCCAAUGCUUGAAGUUUUUCAUGACUUGCGUCUUAGUUCCUGAUUCAUGCACGCACUGUAAUUAGGAAUUUAGCUUCAUAUAGACGUCCAAGUUCUAGUCUAUACCUUAUAAGCCACAAGCCUAGCAUUUUUUUUGCUAUUUGCUUGAGCCAAAACACCUCUUCCAUCUGCUUGCCUGUGAAUAAUAUGAAAAAGAAAAAGGGCACAUCCACAGAGUGGACAGAUGAGAAGCACAGAUCGUAUAUAAAUUCCUUAGAAACAUCAUUUGUAAAUAAAUUGUACCAUUCCAGGCAUUUGUGGGACUGCCAUCCACAAAAGUAUGUUCAGGGGAUACAUCCGUCAAAAGAGUUGCCUUUCAAGACUUAUAAUUCUUCUGACCAGGUCAGGGAGUUAAAUCUGUUCAUUGUUGUUCGAGAUAGGCGUUCUCAGAAGAUCAUCUCUCCAAGGAAUGAAACUCUGCUGGAAAGCACCGCUGAUUCUAACGUUACUAUGGAAAGGCCCCGGAUGGAUCAUAUAGCGUCUUGUUAUAAGGGGACCCACCUAAGAAGGAAACGGACCUCAGAACACUCGGGUGUAAUCGCAAGAACUUCCGAGCAGAACCCUGCAUGUCAUCAGGAUUCAGUUGGCAGUGCUGCAGAAGUUUCGGGUCAGAACUUUGUGGUUGAGGACAACAGAGGGAAGCUAAACUGUGAAUUCAUACCAAAAAGGCUUAAAAGGGCUUCACCCAACUCUUCCAGCAAUGAUCAACUUGUGCCAUUGGGAAAUUUUGAUACAAAGGAGGUUUCGAUGGCCCAUAAUGCUCCCUCCGGAAGGGAAGAACAGGGGCAUCAUCAGUUGCUAUUAGAGCACCGUGAGAGCUUCAUCUGUCCAAAUUCUAUCUUCACUGAUUCUUAGCGGGCAGUUGAAUUGCAACUCAGUACUGAAGUUUAACAGGUAGAUACUGAUAGAUAGAAAGAAAUUGGAGAUAGUCCUUAUUCUUUCCAUUCUCUACUAUUUGCCGUAAUGCUAUCGAAAGACUAUAUGGAAGAGAUAUGUAUCUAUUGUGCAAAUGAUCUAUGAUGGUGGAUUGGAUAUAUGGAGUAGAUUUAGUUGAUAAAUAGUAGUAGCUUUUAAGAUAGGUUUCUUUGUCAUUUGCCAUCACUUCCCAGUUUUGUUUUAGUUUCGUUUCAAGUAGGAAGUGCUCUUUUUAUAAUUUGUAGAACAUAUGUAGGUGCAAUUUUUUGGUGGUUUGGAAUUGUGUGGAUGUCAUGGGAUGCCAAUCAUGUUCUGUUCCACAUCUUCCUCAAAUUUUUGCAGUAAUCUGUGAGAGAUCUGGGGGUGUAACAAUAUAUUAUUAUUUAAUUUAUUUAUUUAUUCAUAUUCA